AUGAGCAGAUUGGUUGGGGGGCAGUUGGGGGGGUGUCAUAGCGCACACCCUGGUUUUUCUGGGGAAGAGCGACCAUCCCAACCUCGGAUUGUGUCCCCUCUUCCCCCAGAUUUUGAAUUUCAAUAUUCAUAUGAUGAAGAUGAUCAAAUGGCGGAGAAAGCUUUAUAUGUUGGCACCGGCUUGAGUGAUAGUAGUGCAUCAGUGGAUGACGGGAUCACUCCUAAGGUAUAUGCCCACCAGCUAAAUGGAGUGCGCUAA